GCCGGGGCGGUGCCGUUUCCGCGGGGCGGCUCCGCGAUGGCCGCGGGGCGCUCCCCGCCCACGUUCCUGCUGUUGGGGGCGGCGGGCGGCGGGAAGAGCCUCCUGGUGCGGCGGCUGCGCCAGUUGAGCGCCGAGGAGCCCGCGGAGCUGGGCGAGCCCCCGGCCACGCUGCCCACGGUGGGCACCAACCUGACGGACCUGCGGCUGCCGCGGAAGGUGACGGUGCGGGAGCUGGGCGGCUGCUUGGGCCCCAUCUGGCCCAGCUACUACAGCGAGUGCAGCGCUCUCCUGUUCGUGGUGGAUGCCUCCAACCCCACCCAGGUCUCCUCGUCCUGCAUCCAGCUGCUCUCUGUCCUUUCUGCAGCGCCACUCGCCUCUGUGCCCGUCCUGGUCCUCUUCAACAAGAUUGAUCUGCCCUGCUACAUGUCGCUGGUGGAGAUGAAGUCACUGUUCCGCAUGGAGGACAUCGUGUCCUGUGCUACACAGCCCAUCACGAUGCUGGAGACCAGUGCCCGCGAUGGCACCGGCCUGGCCGAUGUCCUGCAGUGGCUUCGGACCGCUCUCAAAGACCCCUCCUGACCCCAGCCCUGCCAGGUGGCAGCCCAGGACUGCUGUCACGGAAGGAGGUGGCGAAGGAGCAGCUGCCCUGCCUGGGGCUGGGAGCAGAGCCCAGGACAGUGCCUUGGGCUGUUGAUGGACUGGAUCCCUGUGGGACUUCACAGUAAAACUCCCACCAAACUGUC